AUGGGAGAACCGCGUAGGUCUGUUCGUUCCUCGGCGAAGGCGUGCCUCAAGGCACUCAGUGGUAUCGCCAAACAAUUGGAAUCCGAAGACGACAUCGAUAAAGAUGGUUCGGAUGGCUCCAGUGCUGGAUUUCAGCCUUCUCAAAGUUCGUCGUCAGAAUCAGAAAGUUCACUGAGUGAAGAGUCUACUGAAGGGACGCAGUCCCCCACUAUGCCGGAUGAACCGUCUGACUCAAGUGUUUCUUCCAUAAAGGGGAUGCGAUCAUCGGGACAAGAAAACGAGACCUACUUGAGCGCUGCAAUGCAGAGAAGCAUAAAUAACAAACUUUUGUUUGUUGGUGGUUUGGUACAAGCUCUUUCUUGGUCACCCUCGCGCACAUCGCCAGAUGCUUCGCAUAGUAUGGAUUCAUGCGGUGCAACGGUAGAUACUGUGUAUUUGGCUAUAUCAACUUUGCCAUCACCUGACACUCGAAUAUUCUACACGGAUUCUUUCACCACACAUUCUGGCCUAAUACAAGUUUGGGAUUGCGGAAAAAUCUGCCUUAAAAGCCCACCUGCCGACUGGGCUCCUACUCCUCAUCUGUUUAUUGCUCAUAAUUGGGGUCAUGUUCUGGACCUGUGCUGGCUUCCCAUGUCCGUGAUUUUGGUACAUUCGAGACGCACACCACCCGUGGAUCAGUUUCCCCCGGGAGAAGUACGCAUCUUGUUCGACCCUUUUCCACAAAUCAAUCGAGUCGGUGGGCACUUGAUAGCUGCUUGUCAAGACGGAAUAGUCCGCGUCUUUGCUGUGUCCCGGUUAAAGUUGGAUCAGGUGCAUUUCAUGAACCGUGGAAAGCUGCCACUUUACACCUUGAAGGAGGGGAUGUCGGUGAAUCUUUCAAUUUCUCCUGAUGGUAAGUUUGCCCAAACUCGUAUCUGA